AUGGGAAAUCUGUCCAAUGGUUUAUGUGAACCCGCUGCUGGAUUAAGCCUGCGCUUUCACCAAGCUCGACUUCACCUUCGUUUAGUGAAUCCCAACUAUUCGCCAUCUUCGGGUCGUGUUGAAGUGCUUUACAAUGGUACAUGGGGAACCAUUUGUGACGACUCAUGGGACACGCAAGAUGCUGAAGUAGUUUGUCGACAGCUCGGAUACGAUGGAGCUUUAUCAGCACCCCAUGCUGCACCAUUUGGACAAGGAACUGGUCAGAUAUGGCUGGAUAACGUUCAAUGUGUAGGAAAGGAGAUUUCGAUAUCGGACUGUUAUCACAGAGGAUGGGGCGUCCACAACUGUGGGCAUCAUGAAGACGCUGGAGUAGUGUGUCAACCUAAAGUUCGUUUGGUAAGCCCUGGUAUGUCGCUAUCUUCUGGUCGUGUUGAAGUGCUGUAUAAUGGUACAUGGGGAACCAUCUGUGACGAUUCAUGGGACUUACAGGACGCUGCAGUAGUUUGUCGGCAGCUCGGAUAUGAUGGAGCUUUAUCAGCACCCGGUGAAGCAGCAUUUGGACAAGGCACUGGCCAGAUAUGGCUGGAUGACGUUAAAUGUGUAGGAAAUGAGACAGUAAUAGCGCAGUGCAAUCACGCAGGAUGGGGAGUUCACAACUGUGGACAUAACGAUGACGCUGGUGUGGUGUGCCGACCUGCAGCAGUUCGCUUGGUGAACUCUUUCAAUCACUCAUCUUCUGGUCGUGUUGAGGUACGAUACAGUGGUAUGUGGGGAACCAUUUGUGACCACUCAUGGGACAUACGGGACGCUGAAGUAGUUUGCCGCCAGCUUGGAUUCGAUGGAGCUUUAUCAGCACCUCGUGAUGCAUCAUUUGGACGAGGAAAUGGUCCGAUAUGGCUGGAUGACAUUAACUGUGUAGGAAUGGAGAUUUCAAUAUCGGACUGUCAUCACAGUGGAUGGAGCGUCCACAACUGUGGUCACUAUGAUGAUGCUGGCGUAGUUUGUCGACCUACAGUGCGUUUGGUGGGUUCCGCCAAUUGGCCGUCUUCUGGUCGUGUUGAAGUGCUGUUCAAUGGCACAUGGGGAACCAUUUGUGACAACUCGUGGGACUUACAUGACGCUGAUGUCGUUUGUCGUCAGCUUAGAUACGAAGGAGCUUCAGCAGCGUCAAGAGGGGCAGAAUUUGGACAAGGAACAGGUCAGAUAUGGCUGGAUGACGUUAAGUGCGUCGGAGAUGAGACCUCAAUAUCAGAUUGUCGCCACGGGGGAUGGGGAGUUCACAACUGUGGACAUGGUGAAGACGCUGGUGUGGUGUGCCGAACCGCAGCUGUUCGUCUGGUUAAUUCCUACAAUUUGUCACAUUCCGGUCGGGUUGAAGUGCAAUACAAAGGUAUAUGGGGAACCAUAUGUGACGACUCGUGGGAUUUAAAUGACGCUAAUGUAGUUUUCGUUUGUCAUCAGCUUGGAUACGAUGGAGCUUUAUCCGCUCCCGGUGAUGCAGCAUUUGGGCAAGGAACUGGCCAGAUAUGGCUGGACGACGUUAGGUGUGGAGGAAAUGAGAAAGACAUAGUGCAGUGCAAUCACGGUGGAUGGGGAGUUCACAACUGUGGACAUAAUGAAGACGCUGGUGUGGUUUGCCGACCUUCAGCUGUUCGUCUGGUUAAUUCCUUCAAUUCGUCAAGUUCUGGUCGUGUUGAAGUGCUGUACAAAGGUGUGUGGGGAACCAUUUGUGGUGACUCUUGGGACUUACAGGACGCUGCUGUAGUUUGUCGCCAACUUGGAUUCGAAGGAGCUUUAGCAGCAUUUCGGGCGUCAGAAUUUGGACUAAGAAUAGGUCAGAUAUGGUUGGAUGAAGUGCAGUGUGGGGGAAACGAGUCAUCGAUAUCAGAGUGUGUUCACAGAGGAUGGGGAGAUCAUGACUGUUCGCAUUAUUAUACCGCUGGCGUAGUAUGCCGACCCAGAAUUCGUUUGGUGAGCCCCAGCAAUAUACUGUCUUCUGGUCGUGUUGAAGUGUGGUACAAUGGUACAUGGGGAACCAUUUGUGACGACUCUUGGGACUUACAGGACGCUAAUGUAGUUUGUCGCCAACUUGGAUACGAUGGAGCUUUAUUAGCACCUAGUGAUACAACGUUUGGACAGGGAAUUGGCCCGAUAUGGCUGGAUAACGUUGAAUGUAUUGGAAAUGAGAUAUUGAUAGCACAGUGCAGUCACGAAGGUUGGGGAGUUCACGACUGUGGGCAUGUUAAAGACGCUGGCGUAUUUUGCAGACCUGGAGCUAUUCGUUUGGCGAGUCCCUACAAUUCACUGUCUUCUGGUCGUGUUGAAGUGUUGCACAUGGGUGUCUGGGGAACCAUUUGUGAUCAUUCAUGGGACCUACAGGAUGCUAAUGUAGUUUGUCGUCAGCUUGGAUACGAUGGAGCUUUAUCAGCGCCUAGAUAUGCAGCAUUUGGACAAGGAACUGGCCCGAUAUGGCUUGAUUAUGUGCAGUGUGUAGGAGAUGAAAUAGCGAUAUCGGACUGUUAUCACACAGGAUGGGAACUCUUUAACUGUAGGCAUAAUAGAGACGCUGGCGUUGUGUGCCGACCCAAAGUUCGUUUGGUGAACCCCAGCAAUUCACUGUCUUCUGGUCGUGUUGAAGUGCUGCAUAAUAGUACAUGGGGAACCAUUUGUGACAACUCAUGGGACUUACAGGACGCUGAAGUGGUUUGUCGACAGCUUGGAUACGAAGGAGCUUUGUCAGCACCUGGUGGUGCAGCAUUUGGACAAGGAACCGGUCAGAUAUGGCUGGUUGAUGUUAAAUGCAUUGGAAACGAGACAUUGAUAGCUCAGUGUAGUCACGGAGGAUGGGGAGUUCACAACUGUGGGCAUCAUGAAGACGUUGGUGUGGUGUGUCGCCAUCUAAAAGAUAACGACAAAGAGACUGAUUCAAACGAAUCCGACACAGGAGUCAGUGAACAGAGUGAAGUGUGCAGCUCGAGGAAAAAGAAGCGAAAGGGACGGAGAAGCGUAUGGGAAGAGCGACAUGUCAAUGAUUUAGAAGAUGUGAUAUGUAGUUGCGAGUACUAUAAGAAGAAGUUGAUUUUCACGAACACGAAAAAUUCGAAGAACGCAGAAAUAUAUGCUAAUGUACUCAAAGAUUUGGGCCAGAUAUAUGAAGAUGGUAGCUUCCCGUUCAGCGUAGAUCAGCUCAGGAAGAAGUUCAAGAAAUGCAUAUCUGAAUGCAAAAAAAUUGCAUUGACUGUUAAGACGGGCGUAAAAAGGGUUCAAGAUGAAAAGCAGCUGGGAGCCUGGUUUAAUCAACUAUUUUCACUGGUCCAAACAAGGGAUUCGUGUAACCCUGACAUGGCAGUAGUGUCUUCUUCAUCACUGAAGUUGUCUGACGGGGAGCCAGUGAAAAGAGCAUCAGAUAACAGAACCCCCACUGAUGAGCAAUCAAGUGACGGUUUUGACCAAGGUGACGACUCUGACAAGAUACAAUUUGUGCCUAUAAGGAAGGGUAGAAGAAAGAAAGUCAAAUCUCAGAACUCUCCUUGCGCUUUGUCCACUGCUGUGGAGCUUUUUGAAAAAGUUGUUAAUAAUGACCAAACAACACAGCUGAUGCAUUUUUUCAAAGAGGAAAAUCAGCGAGCUCGUGAGCAUGAAUUAAGAUUAAUGGAACUCUUAAUGUCACAAAGACAGCCCGCCGUAAGUUAUUCUGCAGGUUCAUCCUCUAUGAUUUUCCCAGGAAGAAGCCCCAGCCCAUUUGCAGGAUCUAGUUAUUGUGCAGGUUCAUCCUCUAUGAUUUCCCCAGAAAGAAGCCCCAGUUCAUUUGCAUACACAGCUGAAGAUUUACUCUACAAGGAACCUCGACAGUGCCAGUUCUCAGAGAGAGAAGGGAAAAGAUCGCCAGAAAGCUUUAGUAAGGUUAGUGUAAUAGGACUUUCGAGCAGGCAUGCGGAAUGGAUGCCGCGGCAGACCAAGUUUGCGUACAUUUAUCAAAGAAAUGGAUAUAACUUCUUGUCUCAGAAAAGAAAGACAUAUAUCCUAAGAACAACACCACCUCUAAGCUUCUGCCAUCGUAGAGUUCGUUUGGUGAAACCCACUAAUUCACCAUCUUCUGGACGUGUUGAAGUGCAGUAUAGUGGUACAUGGGGAACAAUUUGUGCAAACAGUUGGGACCUACAGGAUGCAGAUGUAGUUUGUCGCCAGCUUGGAUACAAUGGCGCUUUAUCAGCACUAGUAUUGGUAGAAUUUGAAGAAAGAAAAGGUCCUGUAUGGCUGGACAGGAUGCAAUGUGAAGGAAAUGAGACAUCAGUUUCACAAUGCAGUCAUGCAGGAUGGGGAGAAGCUUAUUCUCACUGUUGGUAUUAUCAUGCUGGUGUGGUGUGUCGUCAGUCAAAAGUCGAAGCUCAAGUUCAAGCCUUACAUUGUCCAAGCUCAGUAAUUGAGGGCAGUACCGUAAAUCUUCAGUGUAAUGCUACUGGUAACCCUUCUCCAAACAUCACAUGGAUAUGGCAAGAUACAAGAAUUGUUCUUGGCAGCAAUGAUCUUCUUGUUCUGGCGGAUAUACAUCGCAGCCAUACGGGGAUUUAUCAGUGCCAUGUAUGGAAUGGAAUUGGCAAUAGCUCGAUCAGUACAUGUUACUUGGAUGUAUUUUUCGAAACCCAGAUUCUAAACAUGCAAUGCCCAAGUUCAAAAGUGGAGGGAAGUAACUUAACUCUUUACUGUAAUGUCACUGGUAAUCCUUCUCCGAACAUUACUUGGAUAUGGGAAGACACAGGAGAUGUUCUUGGUAGCAAUGAGGAGCUCACUUUUUCAGCUGUCAAUCGAAGCCAAACAGGCAAUUAUCAAUGUCUGGCGAGGAAUGGAAUUGGUAAUAGUUCCACCAGAAAAUGCAGCCUGGACGUGUUUUUCGAAGCUCAAGUUCAAGCCUUACAUUGUCCAAGCUCAGUAACUGAAGGCAGUAGCGUAAAUCUUCAGUGUAAUGCUACUGGUAACCCCUCUCCAAACAUCACAUGGAUACGGCAAGAUACAGGAAUUGUCUCUGGUAGCGAUGAUCGUCUUGUUCUGGUGGAUGUACAUCGCAGCCAUACGGGGAUUUAUCAGUGCCAUGCAUGGAAUGGAAUUGGCAAUAGCUCGAUCAGUACAUGUUACUUGGAUGUAUUUUUCGAAGCUCACGUUCAAGCCUUACAUUGUCCAAGCUCAGUAACUGAAGGCAGUAGCGUAAAUCUUCAGUGUAAUGCUACUGGUAACCCCUCUCCAAACAUCACAUGGAUACGGCAAGAUACAGGAAUUGUCUUUGGUAGCGAUGAUCGUCUUGUUCUGGUGGAUGUACAUCGCAGCCAUACGGGGAUUUAUCAGUGCCAUGCAUGGAAUGGAAUUGGCAAUAGCUCGAUCAGUACAUGUUACUUGGAUGUAUUUUUCGAAGCUCAAGUUCAAGCCUUACAUUGUCCAAGCUCAGUAACUGAAGGCAGUAGCGUAAAUCUUCAGUGUAAUGCUACUGGUAACCCCUCUCCAAACAUCACAUGGAUACGGCAAGAUACAGGAAUUGUCUCUGGUAGCGAUGAUCGUCUUGUUCUGGUGGAUGUACAUCGCAGCCAUACGGGGAUUUAUCAGUGCCAUGCAUGGAAUGGAAUUGGCAAUAGCUCGAUCAGUACAUGUUACUUGGAUGUAUUUUACUUGCCGACUGGUACACGAAUGACAUCUGACGGGAAUGAUACUGUCGUUUUAGCUGGAGGUAGUUUGUUCCUUAAAUGCACCUCAGAGGCUAACCCUGCGGUUCAUGUGUUUCAGUUGAUAUUCGAUAGUACCCACGUCGCCACCAGCAGCUCUGGAAUGUUUAGUGUUACUGUGAGGAAAGCUGGAAUAUACAUAUGUAUCCCUGUAAAUGAAGUGGGCUCAGGAGACAAUGCAACAGUCAAAGUAACUGUUCUCGAUUCUCCUGGUUUUCCAGAAUUUGUAAACAACACCGUUGACACGAUAACUAUAAGGUGGUCGCCAAUUAAUCUUCAUUAUGCUACAUAUACCGUAAAUAUAAGACCUGAAGAAGAAACAGCGUGGAUGAACGCAACAUGUAAACAGACUAUUUGGCAGAAUCAUUGCACAGUGACGGGCACAGUUGUUGAGGUUGUUGGCCUCGAAGAGGACUCUGGGUAUCAUUUUAGAGUCUAUGCUAACUACAGAGGUGUUAGAGGUGACGCCAGUUUACCGUCAGGAGCCUUCAGAACAGCAGGUGAUGUUGGAUUUUGUGGUUCUAUGAAUCGUUGCCGCGAGUGA